GCUGCUAUCCAUUGAACUGAUCACAAGACUCAUCAAAUGGGUGAGACUUUGGCGACAAUAGAGUGGUAUGGAUCACUAAAGUAGCUAUAGCCUUUCUUGGCGCAGGGAGUUGACAUGAAAAGUCCCCUUCUUUUAGUGGUGAUCUUUAAGCUCGUCCGUCGAAUACGAGCUCCCAACGUCAUUGACGAUCUCGGGUCUCCGCAGCGACAACCAUCACCAGUUCCUGCCAUUUCUGCCGACAAGAAGCAUGAGAUCUUCAAAGUUAAUAUAAAGGUAAGCCAAUUUCUCCUUCUCUGAUCAUUCGGAUCAAGUUCAUCUCAACCAUCAAACACUUUCGCUACAAACAUCACUGUCGCUUUGAAUUCACAUCCUCGAAAUGCGCGCAUCAAUAAUCACCAGCAUCUUGGCCUUCGCGGCUUCUUCAGUCACAGCACAAUACCUGAACCAAUCUGCUCCUUUCUACCUCGUCCUCAGCUCCCGAAACACCUCAUUCGAUGGCGUUUCGCUCUCUACCUGCCACGAAGGAGCUGCCAUUGAAGGCCUCUGCCUAGGCAGCCAACUCAGCAAUACCUCCGUUACCUAUACAUUCAACACCUCUUCAUUCCUCACACCCGAUCCUGUCCUCGGCACACCGGGCAGUCUCAAUUACGAGCUUGAGGGUGGAAACUUCAACCUCUCUUCUCCAAUGACGAUCUCCUCUCCCAUCACUACGAACGUCGCAGUCCCAUUGUUUACACCGAGCGAAAGUUUCACGGAGGUUGGAUUCGAUAACGAGAAUAAGCUAUACGUUUAUGGAACUAUUGAUGAUACGGUUUCGCCUCCCGUCUACAAGGUGCAGGCUUUCUACCGGUGGUACGUCUGCUUGACGAAUGCGGGAUACACAUACACGACUCUUUCAUGGGUAGUUGGCCCUCACAGCCCUGAGAACCCGAGCUGUCAAGAGGUCGAGGUGAAGAGGGUCUUUGCUUGAGAUGUUUGGAUUGUUUGGUGGACGUAAUGGCAAAUUGGCACGAGUUGGACACAUUGGAAAAGAAAUGAUGGCAGGCAGAUUGUAUAGCAGCAUAAUGAUAAUGAGAGC